AUGGCCGACGGCGGUGAGGACCUGGACCCACCGGCUGGAUCGCCGAGACGUGAGAGGAAAUCGCCAAAGACGACGAACAGGAAGGGGGCUGAACAAGAUUCCGAUGGCUCGGCGCAAAGCACUGCUGAUAUGACUGCUUUUGUGCAAAAUCUUCUAAUGCAGAUGCAAACCAGGUUCCAAGCUAUGUCGGAGAACAUCAUUUCAAAGAUAGAUGAAAUGGGUUUGAGAAUCAAUGAAUUGGAGCAGAGCAUCAAUGACCUCAAGGCUGAGAUGGGGAGUGAAAGCAUGGCGAUGCCAUCUAAGAAGAAGGAUGAGGAAUCAAAACCAGCAGACAGCUCUGCAACUGCAGCAGCUGGUGGCAGCAUGAUACGAAUCAUAUGCCAUUGCUGUAUUGACAUCGUUAGCAUUCAUCACUAUCAAAUACCUGUUAUGAGGUUUCUAUUGAGGCUGACUGUAACUGCUGUGAUAUUUUUAUUAUGUUUGCUGAAUGGUUUGCUGUGGACUUAUAUGCCGAGAAAUGAGUCUAUGGUCUAUCCGUUUGUGUUCUGUCGAUCUACUUGUACUGAUGUUCAGAGCAUGAGUAUAUGCGUGUUCAUACCAUAA